AUGGGCACGGCGAUUUACCAUAAAAAUUUUCUUGACGGAUACUUCAUCCGGCCAUUUUACAAAAUGAUUCUUGACAUGGAAAUAACGCUGGAAGAUAUGGAAUCAGUGGAUUCUCAAUAUUUCCAUUCAUUAGUUUAUAUCAGAGACCAUAAUAUGGAUAAAGAGGAUCUGGGAUUAUAUUUUUACGUUGAGGAAGAAGUGCUAGGAAAGGUAUGCUCAGAUCAUACUGGUCACACUCAGCAUACAAAUAGACUGGGGUGCUAUGGGAGAUGCUGCGGCACUGUGUUAUGCUCAUUCUCGCCAUCCAUAUAA